UGGUACGAAUCCAGGUGUUGCCUCAUGGUUGCUGCGUCCCUGUCCAUGUGCCCUCCCCCUGGGAGCUCCCUUAACCAAUCAGCAGUCACGCAAGCAUUCACCUGAAUAUAUUUGCAUGUGGGGCUUGCCCAGCCGUCGGAUUGGCUAGCCCGGCACUUCUGCUUGCAGCCCCCUGUCCAAUAGCUGACUGUUCCAUGACUCAUUGUGAGAGAAGCAAGUUGCUACACCACACUUCUUCUUUUUUAUUUCCAACAGCCAGCCAUUGCCUCCUUUAAUCUUUUAUUUUUUCUAAACAUUUUAUUUAGCAUUACGUCAAGAAGGGAGAGCCGCGAGUUAUAUACUUGGAAUACCACAUUUUUUUUCCUCCCCCCCUCUCGAAUAUCCAAGGAUUAUGUAAAAUUAUAUUUUGUUGCCAUUACUUUUCUUGGGAUUUGAGUUGUUUGCUUGGAAACAGGUUCCACACCUUUCUGUUGUUUUGGAUAGUUGUGACAUGAAGACUGGAGUACGUGCUGUAAUUUUCUGAGUAGGACUUGGGCUCCGUUUUCAGGGAAAAAAGAAUCUGCUCCCAUCCAAGGCCGUAAUCCAGUGACGCCCGGGUCCUGCGCCUCCCGCUUCAGCUGCCGAUCACGACCUCGUUUGCUCAGACAGACAGGCCGUGGUGCGUCGAGUGGAACUCCCCCAUCCCCCAACCCACCCUGCCCCCUCCUCGGUUUUUGAGACUGCAAAGCCACGGAGUUCUGCUUUUGACAGUUUCCUGUUCUGUGGCGAGGUACUGGAGGGGAGGGGUGCUCUCCCUGGCCCUGUCGCCAUGACAACAGCAGUCCAAGGGAACGAACUGGUGUUCGAGUUUGCCAGCAAUGGGAUGGAUGAAAUGAACCAGCUGGAUGACCCUUCAGUAUUCCCAGCGGUGAUCGUGGAGCAAGUACCUCCAUCCGAUCUGAUGGCAUAUUCCGGGCUCGAGUCAGAAGAGGUGCCCAACACCAUCAUGGCUGACACCUCGCUGGAUGUGGCUGAGGAGCAAAUCAUGGGCGGUGACAUUGAACUCUCAGAAGCCGCAUGCACCGAUACCGAGGGGAACAUGGAAACUUUGGAGGCUGCAGAAACUCUACUCAACAUGGAACCGCCCAACAAUAUUCUGGAUGAAAAGCGCCUGAUUCAUCCAUUUGUCUCUGGGAUGGACACCGAGCUCAGUUACAUCUCCCUGCAACCAGAACAUCUUGCCAGCAAUGGCGUGGAGGAAGAGGGGUCCAUGGACAAGGCAUGCCAGAAGACCAUCUCCAAACCUCCAAGGAAAACCAAAGGUCGCAAACCCCGGGCGACACGGCCCUGCUCCCCCAUCACUAACCCCAGCCUUCCUCUGAGGAAGAAGAGUACGGAGGGCAAAGGCAACACCAUCUACCUGUGGGAGUUUCUGCUGGCCCUGCUUCAAGACAAAAACACCUGUCCGAAAUACAUCAAGUGGACACAGAGAGAGAAGGGCAUCUUCAAACUGGUGGACUCCAAGGCUGUGUCCAAACUGUGGGGCAAGCACAAGAACAAGCCAGACAUGAACUACGAGACCAUGGGAAGAGCUCUCAGGUAUUACUACCAGCGAGGGAUUCUUGCCAAGGUAGAAGGGCAGCGCCUGGUGUACCAGUUCAAGGAGAUGCCCACGGACCUUAUUGUGAUUGAGGACGAGGAGAACCAGGACUCCGGCCCCGGGCCAGGCCCUGGCGGGCACCGCUCUGCUCCUCAUGGCCGGGGCAUCUGCCGCGGGGCGUCUCGGGCUGGCCAGGCAAGAGCCGUGAAGAGGGAGCCGAGCCCUGGAGCCGAGCAGUCAGACAGCGUGCUGCAACCCAACCAGGGGGCAGCUGUUCCAGCUCCCGUGCAUGCUUUAAAGACAAUCAAUGUGCCGAGCUCUGUUCAGGCCACCGUUCCCAUGGUGAUUACCUCACAGGGAGGUGACACAGUCACGCUGCAGACCGUGCCCCUUACCACCGUCUUGGCCAACGGGGACAUCAGCCUAGCACACUCACAGAGAGUCAUCCUGCAGUCGGUGCCGUCUUCCAUGACUUUCCAGACCGCCCUCACACCUACGAUGUCCGACUGCCUUUCCGACGGUUCCCAGCAGUUACUGGUUGCCAGCCUGUGUUCACCCGACGGGGGUCUCAUCAACGCCUCGGCCCAGCCAGGUUCUCUCAAUGGCCUCACCCACCUGGUCGCCCUGGAUGCCAGCGGCCAGCAGUCAGGGACAGUUAUUGCCACGGUCCUAAAGGCUGGCGAACUGGAGGCUCUGCAGGUCAAGGAUGAGGAUAUGCAGGUGAAGCAGGAGGCCUUGGAUGCUGAGUACCUGCAGUCACUGGUGGGCAGCAGUACUGACAAUGGGAUGAGAGGACAAGAGGAGGCAAGUCCUGAGCUGUCCCGCCAAACUGUUGUGGUGGGGGGCACCCAGGGUCCCAACCCAGACAUUACCCUGAAUGGAGCUGUGGGAGAGUUAGUAGCUAGGGAGAGCAGAGCUCUGCUGUCCACCAGUCCCAGUGAAGGCCUCACACCUGUGGAAGAGCUGGAGGUCAACGGAGAUCUGGACACCAAAGAGCUGGACCGAAACUUGGAGCCAUUCCAGCGGGACCUUCAGGUGUUCCCCCUUUCAGGUCAUACAUCCAUGUCACACAUGGUCCCCACUCAGGUGAAGGCCGAGUCGGUGGAGACAUAGAGCGGACUGAAGUGUGGCUUACCAAAGAAAUGUGCACCAAGUAAUGAAAGACAAUCCAAACAUUCAGCUUCUCUAGUGAUCAGUCGCCUUUAAUGAGAAUCAUAAUUUAUUAAAAAAUGGUUCAUAUAUUGGCCUUAAAUUUACCCAUGUAGUGCCUAAUCUGAAUGUGAAGUUUUUUACUUUUUCUCUCGAGUUUUUGUGACAUCCCAGGAAAGGACUCAGCCCACCAUUCUGAUGUUGCUCCAAAAAGAUGGACAAGAUUUUCCGAACCUGGAGCUGUCCACUGGACACUUCGGUUAAAUGUGCUCUCUCUUCCCACCAAGCCAUCAAACCUCUCCAUUUUACCUCUUGGCACAUUGUCCUGUACAGAGCAGCGAUGAAGAAUAGUCAAGACCAAAAAUGGAAAGCUAGCUUUCGCCGGUCAGCGUCAUGGAACAAAUCCCACAUCAAGCAAUGGCCCGUUCUGCAUCCGUCGCCCCUUCCAGGCUCAGCUUCCUCUGUGCCGUUUCCGAGUUCUAUGCCACCGUUCAUCAGUGUGGGCUCCAGCCGAGAGGCGGGGACAUCCGGUCAGCAGAAUCUGUGACGGAGGUGUGUAUGUGUAUGUGUAUGUGUAUGUGUAUAAGAGUGAGUGAGUGUAAUCGUAUUGAUCCCCAGCUCACUUGCGCUAAAUUGACUGCAGUGACUUGAGCGGGGCACCAAUUUCGGAGAAGAGUCUUGGCUUGUCUGGCCUAAUUUCAGCCUCAGCAUCCUCGGGGGGGAUGUGCUCACCAUCUGCCCUCUGCUGCACCUGAAAAUAAAAUCAGGAUGAAAAUUUAAAAUAUCUUUUUUUUUUUUUCAGAAAUCUAGUGACAAUCUCGCCGACGUACUGACUGAAAAGUUGUCAUACAAUGUUCGAUACAAUGUGAAUAUUAAAUAUCAUGUGUGAUGCUUGCAGCGGUUAUACUGCUCCAGAGAUACUCCAGCAGUGCACUUUGUUCAACGUGCCCUAACGCUCAGGUGUAACUGGCCAUCGUGUCACAUGUGUAGCUUUCGUUGCAAAUUCUCGCCAGAAGACCGCAGUCCAAUCAGAACUCACGAGUCAGAGCUCCGGAAUCCUCAGGGUAGCAUAUGUGUGCCACCAUGGCAAUGCCAUGGCAACCGCAUCAGCGCUGACUGGAGUGCUGUCCUAAUGGAGGCACAUUCUUUCCGCGCUCCUCUGCGAGUGCCGUCGGCUGCCGAGUGUACAAUUAUUUUCCUUUUGUCUUCUGUGCUCUCCCUGAAGGCUGUCGCACUGUGUCCUGUAAACAUAGUGGUCGGACUUUGCAUUUCUGCUGUCCAAGUAGAGUUGCGUUUUUUUUUUUUAAGAAAAACAAAAUAAAAACCUGCUUUAAAACAAA